UUUUGCUUUUCAAAAGAAAUCGAUAAUUUUCGAUCAUUUAAAGAAUUAUAAAAUACUUUAAUUUCCUUGAAAGAAAAAAUACUUUUAGGAGAAUUCUAUCACGAAAUGAGGUGGCUUGCGAUAACCCGGACCUCAACUCUUACUGUUCUUUGACGAGAUCAAGAUCACGGAGCGUUUCUUAUGUACUUCAAUCUCAUUGCGGUUCUGGCCCAUAGCAGCUAAACUAUUAGUGCCCUAAUCUACCGACUUAACUCAGCACAACAUCACAAGUUAAUUGCAAGUUGCGAAGACAUACCUCGAGAAUAUCCUGUACGCAACAAGAGUUGAAUUUUGUCCUAUUAUGGAUCUCUUUCAGAUCACUAUAACCCAACCCCCGGAUCUGCUGAGAACGCUGUGCUAUGCUCUCCCUUUUGUCUUAUUUCUGUACGGCAUAGUUGAUGCGUUUUUGACCAGUAAUGCUGUGCGAAAACAAGCCCAGUAUCCCCUCGUCGGCACUCCUGUAUCGUUCUUUCCCAAGUCUCUAUUGAAUCUACUUUAUACCUGCAGAGCAACGAAUCUUGCCCAGUAUGGCUACGAAAAGUACAAAAAUAAGGCAUUUCAAAUCAUGCGAAAUGAAGGACAAAUUGUUGUUUUACCAGUCACAUUGCUGGAAGAGCUCAGCCGCCUACCGGCCAACGUCGCAGAAGGAACUGCGGCGCUCAAUGGCGAUCUCGUAGGCUCAUUCACAGGCGUCGACCUAAUCCUCGAGAAUAGACUUCAUCACUCCAUUGUCCAGCGGAAGUUGACACCACGUCUUCCGCUGCUCCUGCCUCAGAUGGAAAAAGCUGUCCACGAGGGUUUCGCUCAGUUCAUGCCUGAUAGCGAAGACUGGACGGUUUUCCAGCCUUACAAGGCGUUGGCCUAUGUUUCUGCCCGUCUCAAUGCCGAGCCCAUUGUUGGUCCUGCCUUCUCUAAUGAUCAUAAUUGGCUGCAUACCGCCGUUGAAUUUACCGAGAACUUAUUCCGUACUGUGGUAGUGUUACGCAGUGUGCCGCUAUGGAUGCGACCUGUGGUAUCGCGCUUACUUCCGUCUUAUUGGGCGGGGUGGAAGAUCCUUCGAAAUGGCCAGAAACUGUUGCGCCCAAAAAUACAGGAACUCAUUGAUAUGAACGAUAGCGGAGAUUGGCAGCCCGAGAAUGAGAAAGCCGAGGACCUCAACGUGCUUAGCUGGCUUAGUGGCCUGGCUAAAGGACGUGACCGUAAUGCUGACAUCAUUGGGCACGUAAUGAUCAUGGUGGCCCUUGCAACUGUUCACACUACAUUACUGCGUAUGGUCAACGUUAUCUACGAUGUAGUAGAUGCUGGGCCAAAGCUACAGCAGGAACUUCUCGACGAAAUUGAAGCAGUUGCUCGACAAGGCUGGUCUAGCAAUUCAUAUGACGCACUCAGCAAGAUGGACAGUGUAAUGCGGGAAUCUCAACGCAUAUCUCCGCCGACUACAAUGGGAAUGAAGCGGUUGUUCAAGCAGUCAUACACAUUUCAGGAUGGCACACACAUCAAAGCAGGUACAUACGUGGCAAUGCCUGUAUUUGCCAUUGAGAAUGACCCUUCCAAUACGACGAAUCCGAAGGAGUUUGAUGGCUUGCGAGCUUACCGAGCUGCACAAGCUGGGGAUCCAAGCUCGGCGCACGAACACCUGUUCUCGACGCCAGGACCCAGCUUCCUCAAUUUUGGCUACGGUAAAACAGCAUGUCCUGGAAGAUUCUUUGCUAGUGUGGUGGUCAAGAUGGUUAUGGUAAAGGCAUUUACAGAGUAUGAAUUCAAAUUCCUCCCAGGAACAGGGCGCCCUAAGAACAUACUAGCUCACGAAUUUCUCUUCACUUGGCCUUGGACAAAGAUGCAGGUUCGGCGUAGGUCCAAAGGGACUUGCCCUUUUUAAUAUCACUAGUUUGAAAUUUACCUUCCAACUCGAUUGUGUCAACGGUAGAUUGAAACAGUUUUGCAAUUAAAUUCGAUGAUAAAGAUUAUGGUUUUUAUUCACA